AUGGCGUCACACCGAAGAUCGAGGUCUCUAUCGACCCCUUCCGAGGGUGAGAUCGUCGAGACAGGCUCAGAGUUGAAGGCAACUGCGUCAAAACCUCCUCUUAAUGGCACCAGCGUUGACCGUCCCCCCAGAGCUAGUGCACCCAGAUCCCCUGCUCCACGCCGAGGCAGCCGAUCGCCACACCGACGCAACUCAUGGAAUAGAUCGCGAUCUCGAUCCCCCUCUCGCUCACCGUACCGGGACAACAGAGAUAGUGGUUAUAAGCGCAGACGCGAUGAUGAUUACGAUGAGCACGAGAGUCGGAACGCACGGUAUGAACCCUCACGCCGCCAUGGUUCCAGAUACGACGACAGACAGGAUCGAGGACCUUCCCACCGAGCCAACAAGCCGUAUCACGACUAUGACCGAGAAGAAACGUACGGCGGUGGUCUACGGUACGAGGAUGAUCACGAUCAACGCCAAGAUAAGCGCCAGCGCACCCGCAACCGAUCUCCGUACCGCGAUCCACGGAAGCAGAAACAGUAUGAUGAGCCGGACUCAGCUGCGCAUUCAUCGGACCGCAAUGGACGUGGUUCUACCUCUAGUCAGGUAGUGGGUGAAAGAAACCCCCUGGCUGGCUCUCGGAAUUCCAAGCUUGGUGCUGAAACACAACCAAACCAGGUGCAGCAGGUUCUUCCCUCCCGUGUUCAUUUCGCAAAAGAUGUAAAGGCCCCUUCCUCAGACGUUACGCAAGAGCCGCAGAUCUCGGAGCCAGUUGACGAAGCUGCAGUCGCGGAGGCACGUCGGAAACGUCGUGAGGCCAUCUUGGCGAAGUAUCGAAGCCAGGCAUCACCCUUGCAUCUUCAAGCAGUGCACGCUGGCGAUGGUGAUACAGAUUCAUCCACCCCUGGCACCGAGCCAGUCAGUGCACUAGACACAGCGGACUCUCCAUCCUUUUCCCCAGCACAGACACCCAAUGGGCAAACAGGGCAAGGUUUUGCCGAUUUCAACGUCGGAAAGGAUACAGACCUGGUGAACUCCAGUGCGCCAACCGGUGGUAUGGAGGAAGAUGACCCCUCUGCUGCAGACUAUGAUCCUACGAUUGACAUCAAAGAGGAGAGACAAAAACACAAUGGUAGUCAAAGCACAAAGGAAGAUGUAUCGUCUGCAGCAUACGAUGAGACACAAACUGUGAAGCAGGAUAUUCUUAUUCCCGAUGCCCCUCCUCAUCAACCCCCACCUCCUGCAAAGGAUCCUUAUGAUAUGUUUGCAGAUGACGAUGAUGAUAUGUUCGCCGAAGAGAAGGAAGGACAACCGACCCAUGCCUCGGCAAUGUCCGCCAUACCACAAGCCAAAGAGUUGGACAUUAGCAUGAUGGAUAACUGGGAUGACCCUGAGGGAUAUUACAACCUCCGUAUUGGUGAGUUGAUCAACGGCCGGUACCAUGUCACACAGACCCUUGGUAAAGGCAUGUUUUCUUCUGUUGUCCGAGCCACCGACUCCACAACGAGCGCCCUCGUGGCGAUUAAGAUUAUCCGUCAGAACGACACCAUGCGCAAGGCCGGUAUGAAGGAAAUUGGGAUUCUGGAACAGCUGCGCGAAGCAGACCCCGAAGACAAGAAGCAUGUCAUCAAGUUCGAACGCUACUUUGAGCAUAAGGGUCAUCUGUGCAUGGUUUUUGAAAACCUGAGCAUGAACCUUCGUGAAGUGCUUAAGAAAUUUGGACGUGAUGUUGGACUGAACCUGCGUGCAAUCCGGGCCUAUUCCCAGCAGAUCUUCCUUGGACUGAGUCUCCUCCGCAAAUGUAAUAUCCUCCAUGCCGAUCUAAAACCCGACAAUCUCCUUGUGAACGAACAGCGCAACAUCCUCAAGGUCUGCGAUUUGGGUUCCGCAUCCUCCUCUUCAGACAAUGAGAUCACGCCUUAUUUGGUCAGUCGGUUCUACCGUGCUCCGGAGGUCAUCCUGGGCAUUCCAUACGACUAUGCCAUUGAUGUGUGGUCCAUCGGAUGUACGCUUUUCGAGCUCCACACGGGAAAAAUCCUCUUCACUGGUCGGAACAACAACCAGAUGCUCAAGUCCAUCAUGGAGUGCCGUGGCAAAUACCCGCCCAAGGUUCUACGCCGUGGUAACCUGUCCCAUCUGCAUUUCGAUGACAUGCUCAACUUCCACAGCCUGGAAGAAGACAAAGUUACAGGUCGGCGUGUCGAUCGCAUCAUAGAUUUCAAAAAGCCCACACGCGACUUGAAGUCGCGGCUAACUGGCAAGGGCACUCGUGGAAUGUCAGAUGUUGAGGUCAAGGAGUUGACCCAGUUUUUCGAUUUCUUGGAUCGUUGCCUGACUCUGAAUCCCGAGAAGCGUAUUACCCCCUCAGAGGCGUUGAAGCAUCCUUUUUUGGCUCCUAAAUAG